CCCGGCCCCCCCGAGGGUCCCGUCACCUUCACCGAGGUGUUCGCUGAGCGCAUCGGGCUCGCCUGGGCGGCUCCGAAGGAUGACGGCGGCUCGAAGAUCACGAACUACGUGGUGGAGAAGCGCGAGGAGAGCAGGAAGUCCUGGGUCCACGUCUCCAACGACCCCAAGGACUGCGCCUACGUGGUGACCCGCCUGACCGAGGGCCACGAGUACGAGUUCAGGAUCAUGGCCCAGAACAAGUUCGGGGUCGGACCCCCGCUGGUCAGCAAGGCCGAGAAGGCCAGGAACCUCUUCACGGUGCCGGGUCAGUGUGAGAAGCCCACCAUCUCGGACGUCUCUCUGGACUCCAUGACGGUGAACUGGGACGAGCCGAAGUACGACGGCGGCUCCUCGGUGUUGACGUACAUCGUGGAGAAGAAGGAGGCGUCGGGGAAGCGCUGGGCGAGAGCCAACAGAGAAACCAUCGGCGCUCUGCCGCUCGGGAACAACUUCGAGGUGCUGAGCGUCCAGGGAGGCUGCUUCUACCAGUUCAGAGUCAUCGCUGUGAACGCUGCCGGCUGCGGCCUGCCCAGCGAGCCCUCCGACCCCGCGCUGUGCCGGGACCCCAUCUUGCCCCCCGGACCCCCCACCCCGAAGGUGAUGGACUGGACCAAGUCCUCGGUGGAGCUGGAGUGGAUCCCACCGCUGCUGGACGGAGGGUCGAAGGUCACCGGAUACAUCCUGGAGUUCAAGGAGGUGAACAAGGAGGAAGAGGAGAAGAAGGCACAGAGGAAGCUGCUGAUGCUGAGCAGCGACGAAGAGGAGAAGGGGCCGGAGGACGAAGGCUGGCAGAAGGCGAAGGACACGGAGAUCCGAGGCACUAAGUUCGUGGUGGCCGGGCUGACGGAGGGCGGGCUCUACAGAUUUAGGGUCAGCGCCGUGAACCCUGCAGGGCCUGGAGAACCGGGCCUGGUGACGGAGCUCAUCGAGCUCAGAGACAGAACCAUCGCCCCUGAGAUGGACCUGGACGCCUCGGUCAAAGAGAAGAUCGUGGUCCACGCCGGCGCCACCAUCCGGAUCAUCGCCUACGUGUCGGGGAAGCCGGCGCCGGAGAUCUCGUGGUCCCGCGAUGACGCAGAGGUUCCCAAGGAGGCGGCGGUGGAAAAGACCGGCAUCUCCAACUCUCUGGUGAUCAAAGACUGCAGGCGGCAGCACCAGGGAAUCUACACGCUGACCGCCAAGAACGAGGGCGGAGAGAGGAAGAAGGCCGUCAUCGUGGAGGUCCUCGACGUCCCCGGUCCGGUGGGUGUCCCGUUCACCGGAGAGAACCUGACCAACGACUCGUGUAAACUCACCUGGUAUUCCCCGGAGGACGACGGCGGCUCGGCCGUCACGAACUACAUCAUCGAGAAGAGAGUGUCGGACCGGAUGGGCUGGACCUCGGUGUCGUACACCGUGACCCGGAACAACGCCGUGGUUCAGGGCCUUCUGGACGGGAAGGGGUACUUCUUCAGGAUCGCAGCCGAGAACAUCAUCGGGAUGGGACCCUUCAUCGCGACGGAGCAGAUGGUGCUCAUCAAGGACCCCAUCUCGGUUCCUGAGCGCCCCGAGGAUCUCCAGAUCACGGGCGUCUCUAAGGAUUCUCUCUCCGUGUCCUGGGGCACCCCGAAGUACGACGGCGGCUCCGAGGUGACAGAAUACGUUCUGGAGUCUCGGAUGGUCGGCCGCGACAGCUUUGUGCGGGUCGGCGCCGACACCAAGCUGCUGGACAGGAAGUUCACUCUGAGCGGACUGAAGGACGGCAGCAGCCAUGAGUUCAGGGUCGCUGCCGUCAACAAGGUGGGCCGCGGGAAGACCUCCUUCGCCACCAAACCUGUGCAGUGCAAGGACGAGAUCGUCUUCCUCCUCUUCCUCCUCUUCCUCCUCCUCCAGGUGCCGAAGCUGAUUGAGGGUCGUGACUACAUUGUGAGGAUCAUGGCUCAGAACAUGUACGGAGUCAGUGAACCUCUGCUGUCUGCAGAGUGCAAAGCUAGAGACAUCUUCAAGGUUCCUGACGCUCCCAAACAGCCGGCCAUCAAGGAAGUUUUCCAGGACUCCGCCCUGAUCAGCUGGGAGCCUCCGGCCGACGGAGGGAAGCCCAUCUCAGGGUACAUCGUGGAGAGGAAGGAGACCAAGGCCAACAGGUGGGUGCGCUGCAACACUGAGCGCAUCUUCCCGAAGGUGGAGUACUGCGUGACGGAGCUGCUGAAGGGCUGCGAGUACGAGUUCAGGGUCAGUGCCGAGAACGUGGUGGGAGCCGGAGACCCAAGCCCCGCCACCAAACCCGUGUUCGCUAAAGACCCCAUCGUGAAGCCCAGCCCCCCCCAGCAACUGGAGGUCAUCGACUUCACCAAAGAGUCCGUCACUCUGAGCUGGAAAGCCCCCGCAGACUGCGGCCGCGGGAAGAUCCUCGGAUACCUGCUGGAGUUCCAGAAGACCACCGACAACGAGUGGAGCAAGGUGAACCAGACCCCAGACUCGUGUCAGGAGACGCGCUUCAAGGUGAUCGAUCUGGAGGACGGCGUUCGGUACUUCUUCAGGGCGAUGGCAGUGAACGCCGCCGGAGAGUCAGACCCCACCGACCUGAAGGAACCGAUCCAAGUGCAGGACAGACUGGAGGCCCCAGAGCUCUUCCUGGACGCCGCGAUGACCCGCGAGGUGAAGGCUCUCGCCGGCACCCACAUCGUUCUGAUGGCGACCAUUACGGGCGUCCCCUUCCCCUCCGUCACCUGGCAGAAGAACGAGGGCGAGGUGCCGACCCGCAUCGACAUCGACACCAACCAGACCGGCACCAAGCUGGAGAUGAGGUUCUGUCAUCGUGGAGACUGCGGCGACUACACGCUGACCGUGGAGAACACGGCCGGGUCCAAGACCGUCACCUGCACCGUGCUCGUGUUCGAUAAACCCGGUCCCAUCCAACACCUUCGGGUGUCAGACGUGCGCAGCGACUCGGCCUACCUGUCCUGGAAAGACCCCGAGGAUAACGGCGGCGUCCGCAUCACUAACUUCGUGGUGGAGAAGAAGGACUCGGCGGCCACCCAGUGGGUCCCGCUGUGUUCCACCUCCAAGAAGCGCAGCAUGAUGCUGAAGCACCUGAUGGAGGGAACCUCCUACAACUUCCGCGUGGCAGCCGAGAACCAGUACGGCCGAAGCGAAUACACGGAGACCAAUAAGGCCGUCAAGGCCAUGAACCCGCUCUUCCCCCCCGGUCCUCCCAAAGACCUGCACCACGACGACGUGGACAAGACAGAGGUGUGGUUGGUCUGGAACUGGCCUGACCGCAACGGAGGAAGUGACAUCACCGGCUUCCUGGUGGAGUACCAGGAGGAGGGAGAGAGGGAGUGGGACGAGUGGAAGACGGUGAGCAUCCCAGAGAGUCAUGUGACCGGCCUGGAGGAGGGCAAGACCUACCGCUUCAGAGUCCGGGCCGAGAACGCCAUCGGACUCAGCAGACCAGACACCACCUUGCCCAUCCUGUGCCAGGAGAAACUGGUUGCUCCCUUCCUGGAGGUUGAUGUUAAGCUCACUGAAGGCAUCAUCGUGAAAGCAGGCACCACCAUCAGGCUGCCCGCCAUCAUGAGAGGAAUUCCUGUCCCCAUUGCCAAGUGGAUGGUGGAGGGAGAGGAGAUCACCACCGAGGGUAACGUCAAGAUCGAUACCGACAACUUCUCCACCGUGCUCAGCAUCACCGAAUGCACCAGGAGCCACACCGGCUCCUACCUGCUCUCCGUGAGCAACCCAGCCGGAACCAAGACCGCCGCCCUGAGCGUCACGGUGCUGGAUGUUCCCGCUGCUCCCAUCGGACCCGUCAACAUCCUGGAGGUCACUCCAGAGUCUAUGAUGAUUGAAUGGCGUCCUCCCAAGGAUGACGGCGGCAGCGCUGUCACCAACUACAUCGUGGAGAAGAGGGAGUCCAACAAGGAGACCUGGGGAGGGGUGAGCUCCGGCAGCCUCUCUACCAAAGUCAACAUCAUCCGCCUCCAGAAGGGAGUGGAGUACGUGGUCCGCAUUCGUGCCCAGAACAAGAUGGGUGUCGGUGCUGCUCUGGAGAGCAUGCCCACUGUGGCCGAGCACACCUUCCUUCCUCCCAGCCCGCCGGGUAAACCACAUGCCACUGAUGUCGCAGAGGACUCUGUCACAGUGGGCUGGACCAUGCCCCUGUCCGACGGAGGCAGCCAGAUCACCGGAUACCUGAUCGAGCGCAGACACAAGGGAGGAAAGUGGAUCCGUGUGAACAGGACUCCCUGCAAAGACAUGAAGUACACAGUCCUUGGUCUGUUUGAAGGCAACGAGUAUGAGUUCAGAGUGUUUGCUGAGAAUAUCGCCGGCUACAGCAGCCCCUCUCCCACCUCUGACCUCUGCAAGCCCUGCAGACCCAUCACGGCCCCCGGCCCCCCUGUCAACCCCCAAGUUAAAGACUACAGCAAGGACACUGCCUACCUGGUGUGGACCAAACCCAACAAAGACGGAGGCAGCCCCAUCAUGGGCUACACCGUGGAAAUGAAGAAGGCUGAAACUGAGGAAUGGCAAAAGGUGAACCGGGACGACUUCAUCAAGCAUUCCGCUUACACUGUGAAGGGUCUGGAGGAGGGAGCGACGUACAACUUCAGGAUCUUCGCCUCCAACAUGAUCGGAGAUGGCGAGCCCAAAGAGAUCCCGAAGUCCGUCACCGCUCAGGACAUCCUGAUCCCUCCAGAGAUCGAGAUGGACCUCUCCUGCCGCGAGCGCCUCACUGUGCGCGUCGGACAUAACAUCAACAUGAUGGGCUACAUCAAGGCCCGCCCUGAGGCUGAGGUGCUUUGGUCGAAGGGGGAGGUAGUUCUGGAGAACAGCAAACGGGUCACCAUCACUCAGAACUUCCCUCUGGUCCACCUGAAGAUUAAGGAGGCCACAAGAGCGGACCAUGGCAAAUACGUCCUGAAGGCUUCCAAUGAAGGAGGCGAGGCUUCCUGCACCAUCACAGUCAAUGUGCUGGACAGACCCAGCCACUGCCAGAACCUGCACGUGACCUACGCCACCAAGGAUUCCUGCAUGCUGAACUGGGAUACGCCUGAAGACAACGGUGGAUCUGAAAUCACUAACUACGUGGUGGAGUGCCGUGAGCCCAGCACCAGCAUGUGGUCCAUGAUCACAUCCCUCUGCACCAACCGCAAGAUCAAGGUCAAGCUGAUGGACGGCAAAGAGUACCUGUUCCGCAUCAGCGCCGUGAACAAGAUGGGCGCCGGUCCCACCACGGAGACCAAGACCCCUCUGCUGGCCAUCGACCCCAUCGAGAAUCCCGGAGAGCCUGAGAACUUCAGAGCCACGGACAUCGGUAAGAACUACGUCUAUCUGAGAUGGAGGAAGCCCGACUUUGAUGGCGGCAGCCCCAACAUUUCCUACAACCUGGAGUGCAAAUCCAAGGAUGCUGAGGACUGGGAGAAACUCAACACCACCACCCUCACUGACACCUUCUUCCUGGCUGACACGUGCAAAGAGAACCAGACCUACACCUUCAGGGUGCAGACCAUCAAUGAAGGAGGUGAAAGUGCUUGGGUGAAACUCGCUGAUAUUCUGGUAAAGGAGGAGAUCCUGAAGGUGCAGACCAUCAAUGAAGGAGGUGAAAGUGCUUGGGUGAAACUCGCUGAUAUUCUGGUAAAGGAGGAGAUCCUGAAGCCCGUCAUCGACCUGAAGUUGGCCGGAGUUCUGACGGUGAAGGUCGGAGAAUCUGUGAGGAUAGAGGCCGGCCUGAGAGGAAAACCCGCGCCGGAGGUCAAAUGGAUCAAAGAAAAGGCCGUUGGGGACAACCCCAGAAUCAGCUACGAGACCGGACCUGAAUAUUCCAAGUUCCUUCUCACCAAGUCCAGACGCACGGACACCGGAAAGAUCAUCAUCACCGCCACCAACGUGGCCGGCACCUUCACGGCGUACGCUAACAUCAACGUCCUGGACGUCCCGGGCCCAGUGAGGAACCUCAGGGUCAUCGGCAUCGGGGCCGACAAGUGCAGAGUGGUGUGGGACCCUCCGGAGGACGAGGGAGGCUGCGAGGUGGACAGCUACAUCCUGGAGAAAUGCGAGACCAGGAGGAUGGUUUGGUCCACGUACUCCGCCUCGGUGGUCACACCAUACUGCAACGUGAUCCGUCUGGUGGAGGGUAACGAGUACAUCUUUAGAGUGAAGGCAGAGAACAAGAUGGGCACUGGCCCCGCCAUGGAGAGCAAGCCUGUCACCGUCAAGACUCAGUUCAACAAACCUGGGCCCCCAGAAGCCCCCGACGUCACCAAGGUCAGUAAAGAAGAGAUGACCGUUGUCUGGGCUCCCCCCGAGAACGACGGAGGAAAGUCCAUCACCGGCUACAUCCUGGAGAGGAAGGAGAAGAGAGCCGUCCGCUGGGUGCCAUGCACCAAGAGCCCCAUCUCUGAGAGACGCAUGAAGGUCACCAACCUGAUCCCCAACCACGAGUACCAGUUCAGGGUGAAGGCAGAGAACGAGGUGGGCCUGGGAGAACCCAGCAAGGCCUGCAGACCCGUCGGAGCCAAAGAUCCCAUGGAGCCCCCAGGUCCCCCUGCUUUCCUGAAGGUGGGUGACAGCACAAAGAACUCCAUCACCCUGACCUGGUCCAAACCAGUGUACGACGGUGGUGCUCCCAUCAUCAACUACAGCCUGGACCUCAGGCUGAAGACCGAUGUGGACCCCGAGAACCCCUCGGUGGGCUGGAAGAGGAUCGACACCAACGGCCCGCUGGUGCUCACAGAGUUCACCAUCGGACAGCUGGACGAGAAGCUAGAGUACGACUUCAAGGUGUCCGCCCAGAACCAGAUGGGCUGGGGACGCCACGCCUACCUUAAGGAAUCCGUGUCCCCCAAGGAGAUCAUUGAGGCUCCAGAGAUCGACCUGGAUGCCAGUCUGAGGAAGGGUCUGUCUGUGAGGGCCGGCUGCCCCAUCAGGCUCUUCGCCGUCGUCAGAGGACGACCCUCGCCUAAGGUCACGUGGAAACGCCUCGGCGUGGACAACGUGAUCCGCCGUGGACAUGUGGACCAGGUGGACAGCAUGUCCUUCCUUGUCAUCCCCGAAAGCACCAGAGAGGAUUCUGGGAGAUACUCGCUGACUCUGUCCAACUCGGCCGGAGAGAAGGCCGUGUACGUCCGCGUCAAAGUCCUCGACACCCCCGGCCCUGUUGGCGGCCUGGAGGCAACGAACAUCACAAAGACGAGCGCGCAGCUGUCAUGGCUGCCGCCCGAUAACGACGGCGGAAGCCAGAUCCUGAACUACAUCGUGGAGAAGCGCGAGGUGGACCGGAAGACAUGGAACAAGUGCAUCGAGGACCUGAGGAAGACCAGCUUCAAGGUGUCCAACAUGACGCCCGGCAUCGAGUACUACUUCAGAGUCACCGCCUGCAACCAGUACGGCAUCGGAGUCCCGCAGGACUCGCCCAAAUCCUACCUGGCCGUCGACCCCAUCAGUGAGCCAGACCCCCCGAAGAAGAUGGACGUGUUGGACAUCACGAAGAACAGCGCCACGCUGGGCUGGCUGAAGCCGCUCAGAGACGGCGGGGCCAAGAUCAACGGCUACGUAGUGGACUACCAGGCGGAGGGCGCCGCAGAGGACAAGUGGACGCCGUACUCCGUGGUGAAAGACAUGAGCAUCGUGGUGGUGGGCCUGAAGGAGAACACCAAGUACAAGUUCAGGGUCGCUGCCAGGAACUCAGUGGGGGUCAGUCUGGCCCGCGAGGCCGAAGGGAUCUUCGAGGUCAAAGAGCAGCUCAUGGCUCCGAAGGUCAUGACUCCGGACAUCGUGUCGGUGCGAGCCGGAUCUAAGAUGGUUCUGGAGGCCAUCGUGGCCGGGAAGCCCGCUCCCUUCUGCAAGUGGAAGCAGGGCAACGAGGACGUGCUAACCUCCGACCGCCUGUCCGUGGUGAAGACGCUCACCAGCUGCACCCUCAUCACCAAGAACGUGAAGCGGGAGGACAGCGGCUACUACAGCCUGUCCGCAGAGAACAGCAGCGGAAGGGUCAACCAGAUCAUCAAGGUCACCGUCAUGGAUAUCCCCGGGCCCCCGGAGGCCCCCCUGGAGGUGACGGAGGUGGAUGUGGAAGGAUGCACCCUGCUUUGGGGGUCGCCCCAGGAGGACGGAGGCAGCAACAUCACCAACUACAUCGUGGAGAAGUGUGACGUGAGCCAGGGAGACUGGACCAUGCUCACCUCCUCCUGCACCAAGACCAGCUUCAAGGUCCUCAAGCUGUGUCUGGGCAAAGAGUACGGCUUCAGGGUCCGCGCAGAGAACAGGUUCGGCGUCUCAGCGCCCAUCUACUCCGAGAAGAUGAUCGCCAGGUGUCCGUUCGACCCCCCCAGCGAGCCCCUGAAUCUGCAGAUCAACAGGAUCAACAAGGACUACGUCAUCCUGUCCUGGGAGCGCCCCAGCAGCGAUGGAGGCUCCCCUCUGACAGGAUUCGUCAUCGAGAAGAAGGAGCGUAACAGCCUGCUGUGGAUGAGGGCCAACGAGUCGUUGGUGAAGUCCACGCAGUACACGUGCACCGGGCUGAUGGAGGGCGUGGAGUACAUCUUCAGGGUGGCUGCGCUCAACAUGGCCGGACAGGGGAAACCCUGCAAGCAGACCGACAUCAUCAUCGCCAGGACCGCCAUCGAACCCCCCGGUAAGCCCGAGGUGAUGGACGUGACGAAGCACUCGGUGUCUCUGGUGUGGAGCCGCCCGACGAACGACGGCGGCAGCAAGCUGAUCGGAUACUACAUGGAGUACAUGAAGCUGCCGGAGGAGAAGUGGACGCGCUGCAACGCCAACUGCAUGAACAUCCAAUCAGAGAGCUACACGGUGAGCGGGCUGGAGGAGGGCCAGCAGUACCAGUUCAGGGUCAUCGCCAGGACCGCCAUCAACACCAGCCUGCCCUCCGAGCUGUCGGACAAGAUCCCCGUCAUCGCAGAGCACGUCCCCCCCCGCGUGGACCUGGGUCUGAAUAUGAAGAACCUGAUCGUGGUGAAGGCCGGAGAGAACGUGUCCAUGGACGCCGAGGUGUUCGGCAAACCGAUGCCCAAAGUGACCUGGAUGAAGGACAGCGCUGUGGUGCACGUGGAGGGCAUGAAGCUGAGCCAGAAGAAGCACCACUACAUGCUGGACCUGUUCUGCGUCACCAGGAAAGAGUCCGGUGACUACAGCAUCCACGCAGAGAACACCAGCGGGUCCAAGUACGCCACCAUCAAGGUCAAGGUGCUCGAUAAACCCGGCCCCCCCGCCUCGGUGAAGAUCGCCAAGGUGUUCUGUGACCGUGUGAAGCUGCGCUGGGAACCCCCCAUCGCUGACGGAGGAUCAGAGAUCACAAACUACAUCAUCGAGAAGAGAGAGACCAGCAGAGCCAACUGGGCUCUGGUGAGCUCCAACAUCCACGGACACAACACGGACACUCUGGUGGAGAAACUCAUCGAGGGCCACGAGUACGAGUUCAGGGUCAGCGCGGAGAACCAGUACGGGGUGGGAGACGCCAUCAUGACCGACCCCGUCAUGGUGAAGAACCCCUACGACGUCCCUGGGCCCUGCGAGCCGCCCGUCAUCACCAACAUCACCAAGGACUCCAUGACGGUGAGCUGGAAGGCGCCGGCAAACGACGGCCGCGCCUCCAUCCUGGGCUACAUGGUGGAGAGGCGCGAGGCCACGGAGCUGGCCUGGGUCAAGGUCAACCGACGACCCGUCAUCGACCGCUCCAUCAAGGCGGUGCAGCUGAGCGAAGGGUCCGAGUACGAGUUCAGGGUCAUCGCUCUCAACAAGGCGGGGCUGGGGAAACCCAGCGACGCCUCCAGGGCCGCGCUGGCCGUAGACCCCGUCUACCCCCCUGGUCCUCCUGCCUUCCCGAAGGUGGUGGACUCGACCCGCUCCUCCAUCAGCCUCAGCUGGACCAAGCCGGCGUACGAUGGCGGCUGCGAGAUCAUCGGCUACCUGGUGGAGUGUAAGCGUGUGGACGGAGAACACUGGAACAAGUGCAACAUCCCCAAGAAGCUGCAGGAGACGCGCUUCCUGGCGACCGGACUGAUGGACGACGCAGAGUACCAGUUCAGGGUCAUCGCUGUCAACAAGAUCGGCUUCAGCGAGCCCAGCGAGGUCCCCGGGAACCACACGCCCAAAGACAUCCUGAUCGCCCCUGAGGCGGAGCUGGAUGCUGACCUGAGGAAGGCUCUGGUCCUGAGGGCGGGGGUCACCAUGAGGGUCUACGUCCCUCUGAGGGGCCGCCCGGCACCCAAAGUGACGUGGUCCAAGGCGGACGCCAACCUGAAGGACCGGGAGGUUCUGAUCAAGACGUCGGAGUGGGACACGCUGCUGAUGAUCGAGGACGUGAACAGAUACGACGCCGGGAAGUACAUCCUGACUCUGGAGAACAGCAGCGGCUCCAAGAGCUACACCAUCGUGGUCAAAGUGCUCGAUUCCCCCA